AUGCCAUUAGAGUCUAAUUCUAUCAGAGAGAUAGAAUUACUUGGAAAAUGUGUAGUCGCUGUUGUAAACACCGAAGAGUACAGAAAUCCAACAGUUAUCUUUAUUGGAUACGAUUUAAUAUAUAGCGUUUCUAAAAAUGUACAAAAUAUGGGAAGCCUUAUGAAAGUUCUUUCAGACGAAUGCGUGCCGCAGAUUAUCAUAAAAAGUUUGCAACAUCUAAAUGAAACAGUGAAGAAAUUUGAAGGGAAUGAUAUAUUAGUUGUUAUUUUUGUCAAUAAGUGUGAAAUUUUGAAACGGUUAGACGUUACAGUUAUUGACGCGAAAUUGAAAUAUUUAAUUAUUAUCAAUGAAGAUGAAAAUUGUAAUAUGGAUUUACAAAAAUUUGGACGAAAACUUCAACAUUAUGACGCCACAUUUAUUUCCCAGUCGGAGAAUUAUACACUUUAUAAAUUUCAGACGAUUAUUCCAGAAAUCGAUGAAAAUACUUGUGACUAUAAUGUCAAAGUGAAACUUACUACAAUUAACACUUGUCUCAAUGGAACAUUGGACAAAUCUGUGAUAUUUCCUGCUAAAGAAACAAACAAUCUGAAGGGAUGCCCGUUUAAUGUGGGAAUGGCUACAAUGUAUCCAUAUUCAAUCAUAGAAAAUAAAGAAUCCUUACGAAAUCUGCAACAAAUAAACGAAUCUCAAAUACAUGGAUCUGAUAUUGAAAUUAUCAAAAUUUUUUGUAACAACAUUAACGCAUCUUUAAACAUGUAUUAUAUAUACAGAGAAGAAGAAAGUCCAUAUUUACAUACUGAAUUUAUUUCGUACCUUUUGAACGGCAGCUUAGAUGCUUGUGCUGGAGGGCUUUACAGAGUAUAUGGAGACUCGGUUUCUUAUUCAGGACCUCCACAGACAUUUAAAACGAACGAUGAAGUUAUAGAAUCAGGUAGAAUGCCUUAUUUAAUUUACGAAACCAAAUAUUUUGUAGAAGACGCCAAGUACAUCGCUUUUGCGAAUACCUCACUAAAUUGUUCUGGAUUUCAAGACUGCGAGUGCAAGACCAUUUCUAACCAAGGACUUACCAUCACUACUGAAGGAUAUUUUUACUCUAUUCAAGCAUUCACUGCUGUUGAAAAUGAAGCUCGGUUGCUUAGGGUUCCAGAAAAUAUAAUAUUUACUUACCACGAGAUGGUUGUUCGAAAUGACAGUCCUUUUGUCAGUAAGUUUCGAAAUAUCGUAACAAGCCUUUUUGAGGCGGGCAUUUGUGAUAGACUGUACCUAGAAGAAGUUGGUUUAUUGAUUCAUGCAAAAGCUAAGAGUGCCAACGAAAAUAUUAUGGCGAAUAGUUACCAUUGCGAUUCUGGAUGUGCCAUCACAAUAGAACAAAUUGCGGGUGCAUUAUAUGUUUGGAUUUUUGGUUGUACUCUAUCCCUAAUCGUGUUUGUAACAGAAUUAAUAAACUAA